CGACCCUCUGGCGGAAAAAGUAAGAACUAGCAUGCCGUGUCAACACAACAAAUGCAAGAGUUGAUUCAGACCAGAGGUUGCUAAGGAUACUCCCGAAUUGAGGGGGUCAAAAUCAUGGGAUCUUCGAAAGAAAUUACAAGGAAAGACAACCGAAGCAGGAGCAAAUCCAGCAAGAGAAAUAACAGAUCUCGUAGUUUGUCGUCAGAGUUAAAGAUGUCAUCAGACAAGAGAGCCAAAAAACGGAAGCAAUCCCGAUCCUCUUCCUCCUCAUCUUCUUCGUCGAGCUCUUCAUCGUCAAGCACAGAUUCAGAGGAAGAGCGACGAAGGCAAAAGAAGAGGGCCAAGAAAAAGGAAAAGAAGAGGUUAAAAAAGGAAAAAAAGAAGCAGAAAAAGUUGGCCAAGGCCAAGAAGAAGGAGGAAGAGAAACGGCAAUUGAAGUUGGCUAAAAAGGCCAAGAAAAAAGCGCUUGGUCCAUCUUUGGAGGAAGUGGAAGCGCGGAAAGGGCUCAAACCCAUGACCAAAGAAGAUUGGGACAAGCAACAGAGUGUGAUACGAAAGGUCUAUGAUCCGGACACUGGCCGCACCCGUCUCAUUAAGGGAGAUGGCGAAGUUCUGGAAGAGAUGGUAACCUACAACCGCCACAAAGAGAUCAAUAAAGUGGCCACGGAAGGAGAUGGAUCUAGCUUUCAAGUGGCCUUAAAGAAACUUGUUUGAUUCCUUGAUGCCUCAAGACAUCAUUUAUUGCUAAAUUUUCGCCUUCAAUAUCACAUGAAUAAUUUUAACAAGCUUUCUCGGCUCUGGCCCGAAUAUCGUCAAAUUUGUAUUCCUUCAGAAGAGAUCCAUUUUCGAAUACUGGAACGAGCUCUUCAAUCUGAAAAGUAUACAUUGACAAUGCCAAGUGUAUUUUGAAUAGAAUAAUUUAAAAUUCCUUAAUCUUGUA